AUGUUGAAAAAAUCCGUCAAUCAUAACACCAUCCUUUCACCUCCAUUGUCGUCUCCAAGUUCAAAUCCAAGCAGCUUGACGACAGAAGAGCCAGACGAGAGCCCUUCAAAUUCUUUCCACUCCUAUUCUCCCCCAAACCAAAAAAUCCCCUUCUCCCAACCCUACAAAUCCCUCGCCAUCCUAAAAGGCCACGUGGCCCCCGUCUCUUCCCUCGCCCUCUGCGGCGAGUUCCUCAUCAGCGCCUCCCAGAGCAGGGACACAAUCGUCUGGCAAAAUCCCCAACUCAAAUUCUUCACCAGAUUCGGCCACGGGGAUGGGUCGGUCAAAUCCCUAGUCGCCCUCGGCCACAAGAUCUUCACCGCCUACCAAGACGGCAAAAUCCGAAUCGAUUGGAGAUGGAUCUGCAAUUUUCUGGCGGCGGAGUCGCGGGCGACCGAGGUCAGUUCCAGUGGUCUGCUCAUGUGGAGGCGGGAAUCUCUGAGAUGGCGACGGCGAAGGUGGUAUUGGCCGAUGGUGGACGGUGACCGGUGA